CAUGGCAGCCUGCAUGGUGCCUGUGGAUUACAGUAGAGCUUAAAGAUCAUUUUAAAUGUGUGCGCUAGUUAUCACAGAAAUAAGCAUUAAACAUGUUUCACAUACUCUGCUGUAGAGCUCGCAUCUCUGGUCCGGUGCGGUCAUUGUCGUUACACCCGCGAUGCAAUAAAGCAGCAGAUCUAUGGAAAGUUUCACGAUGGUACACAUCUCCACGAUCCCCAGCCUGCAGCUCCUCACAGCAGCCUGGAAAUGCUGUCACUCGUAUUUGGGGCCUCACACAGAGAGCUAUCCGCCAGUCCAGCACCCGAACGUCCAAACCCCCUGGAGUGGCCCUGAAGUUCAUCCUAGGACCAGCAGUACUCACUGUCUCUGCACGGCUGUUCUGCCAUGUAGCUCACUGCGAGGCAGAUGUGAAUAACAACACUCCUCUUGAAGUUACAUCCAAAACUCCUGCACCAGAGUUCAAAUGGCAUAUCUUUUGGGAGUUUGUCAAACCUCAGCUAUUUGCUCUCAUGGGUGCUGUUGUGCUUGCUUUUGCUGCAGCUAUCUUGAAUAUUCAAAUCCCUCUGUUGCUUGGGGAUUUGGUGAACGUUGUGGCACGUUACCUGAGAGAACAGACUGGGAAUUAUGUCCAAGAAAUAAGAGGCCCUGCACUGAAAUUACUCGUACUGUAUGGUAUCCAAGGCCUGCUGACAAGUGGCUACAUCGUCCUGCUUUCAAGAGUAGGGGAGAGAGUGGCAGCAGACAUGAGGAAGACACUUUUUGCAUCCUUAUUGAGACAAGAUGUCGCUUUCUUUGACGCCAAUAAAACCGGGCAGCUGGUGAACCGUCUGACUGCUGACAUUCAGGAGUUCAAGUCCUCCUUCAAGUUGGUCAUUUCUCAGGGCCUUCGGAGCAUUACACAGACAGUCGGAUGCUUUGUCUCUCUCUAUAUCAUCUCCCCCAAACUCACAGGUCUGACAGUGGUUGUCCUCCCCUGUCUGGUGGGAGCAGGGGCUAUCUUCGGCUCAUUCCUCCGCAAACUGUCCCGUUUGGCUCAAGAACAGGUGGCAAAAGCAACAGGAGUGGCAGAUGAGGCACUCGGCAAUGUGCGGACAGUGAAAGCUUUUGCGAUGGAGGAGCGGGAGCUCCAGCAAUAUGCAUAUGAAGUCGACAAGUCAUGUGAAAUGAAUGAAGAUCUUGGUUCUGGAAUUGCAGUUUUCCAAGGACUGUCAAACGUUGCCCUUAACUGCAUUGUCCUGGGAACUAUUUUUGCUGGAGGGACUUUAAUUUCUAGCAAUGAAAUGUCCCCUGGAGACCUCAUGUCUUUCCUGGUUGCCUCACAGACUGUUCAGAGGUCGUUGGCUGGUAUCUCUAUCCUUUUUGGACAGAUGGUGAGAGGAUUAAGCUCUGGGGCCCGAGUCUUUGAAUACCUGUCUCUGGUGCCCACCAUCCCUAUGUCUGGAGGAGGACGCAUCCCGUACCAUUCUCUGACAGGAAGAGUGGAUUUCAUUAACAUCUCAUUCAGCUAUCCAACGAGACCUGGCCAUCAGAUCCUGUCAAAGUUCAACUUAACGCUGCCACCUUGUAAAACUGUUGCCAUUGUUGGAGAAUCUGGAGGAGGAAAGUCCACUGUGGCGUCUUUGCUGGAGCGUUUCUAUGACCCCAUCAGCGGUGUAGUCAUGGUGGACGGUCUUGACAUCCGAACACUUGAUCUGACCUGGCUCAGGGGAAAAGUCAUUGGAUUUAUCAAUCAGGAGCCAGUUUUGUUCGGAUCAUCUAUCAUGGAGAACAUCCGCUUUGGGAAGCCUGAAGCCACAGAUGCUGAGGUCAUUAACGCAGCCAAGCAAGCCAAUGCUCACGGCUUCAUUACAGGUUUCCCAGACGGCUAUAACACUGUGGUUGGGGAGCGAGGUGCAACGCUAUCUGGUGGCCAGAAACAGCGAGUUGCCAUUGCCCGCGCCUUGAUCAAGAACCCCUGCAUCCUGGUGCUGGAUGAAGCCACCAGCGCUCUGGAUGCAGAGUCAGAGCGGGUGGUGCAGGAGGCUCUGGACAGGGCUACAACUGGGCGCACUGUGCUUAUCAUCGCCCACAGGCUGAGCACCAUUCAAGGGGCGGACCUCAUCUGUGUCAUGAGCAAUGGCCGCAUUGUGGAGGCUGGGACUCACUUGGAACUGCUGGGCAAAGGAGGACUCUAUUCCGAUCUGAUCCGCAGGCAAAGAGCUGAAGGGAAGAAGUGAACACACUUGUAGAUCUAAACUGAGUCAUUUCAUUUAUUUUUUCAAAUCAAACUCAUAGUAAAGCAUGCUUGAACAGAUGAAUUAUGUAAAACAUGUACUGUACUAUACUGUACUGUACUCUACUGUAUAUCUACCAGAUGUUAGAUGUGUACUUUAAAAACAAACUCUCAAAUGAAUGUAUGUACAGUAAAUGUAUAAGCGGACCAACUCAAUGAGCCUGUGAUGAUUACCAAACUACACUACUGUACAGUAUAAUUUAAAUGGGAUUUUGAUAUCAGUGUUUUUUCUCUGUAUUGAAUGAUCAAGUAUAGUUUAGAAGGGGAAAAAAGUAUUAAACAUUGUUUUAAUUAGAA